AGCCUCUCCUUCCCUCUAUAGGGGUGGCAGGCAAAUCCCCGCGUGCGAAGGGUACCGAGGCAGGGGCUGUCGGGCCAAGUGCGCGGGCUGCCGUCCACGCCAUCCCCCUCCCCUCCAAAGCCAUGGCUUCCAAACUCCUGCGCGCGGUUAUCCUCGGGCCGCCAGGCUCGGGUAAGGGCACCGUAUGCCAGAGGAUCGCCCAGAACUUUGGCCUCCAGCAUCUCUCCAGCGGCCACUUCUUGCGGGAGAACCUCAAGGCCAGCACGGAAGUUGGCGACACGGCAAAGCAGUACCUAGAAAAAGGUCUUUUGGUUCCCGAUCAUGUGAUCACACGCCUCAUGGUGUCAGAACUGGAGACCCGGAGCACCGAACACUGGCUGUUAGACGGGUUCCCGAGGACGUUAGUACAGGCAGAAGCCUUGGACAGAAUCUGUGAUGUGGACCUAGUGAUUAGUCUGAAUAUCCCUUUUGAGACACUUAAAGAUCGUCUGAGCCGAAGAUGGAUUCACCCUUCUAGCGGGAGAGUCUAUAACUUGGACUUCAACCCUCCUCAAGUGCUGGGGGUUGAUGAUAUCACUGGUGAGCCACUUGUCCAACAAGAAGAUGAUAAACCCGAAGCAGUUGCUGCCAAACUACGACGGUACAAGGAUGCGGCAAAACCCGUCAUCGAACUGUACAAGAGCCGCGGAGUGCUCCACCAAUUCUCCGGGACGGAGACGAACAAAAUAUGGCCCUACGUUUACACACUUUUCUCAAACAAGAUCGCACCUAUUCGGUCCAGAGAAGCAAACUGAGCCUGCCCCUGGAAGAGCCAAGAAGACGUGGUCGUUCACUCAGUCAUGCGUGUAGUCCUGGUGCCCUGGCCAAAUUAGGAGCUAGCUGAGAUAGCUUGCAGCAUCUUCUCUAGUUUAAGUGAAUGAAGUAAUGAGGAAAACCUAGUGGGUAGAAAGCAUCCAUGAAGAUACCCUCCUCCUGCCUUUGAAAAAGAACGCAGAGCUCUGCAGGGGCGAAAGCCCAGACUGGAUUUCCACCAGUGUCGAGCCCAUACUCUAGAUGGGUUGCAGCCAUGCGCUGCUAUCGGAAUCUUUUUGCACACGAUGGUGGUGGAGUGUCUGGUCCCUGCCACCUUCCACAGGCUGUUGAACCACAGCACUGUCAAGCCUGAGAACUUGGAGAGCUGUGGUCCUGGCUUGUCCUCCACCACGCCCUCCUUGAUGAUAAUUGAAUUGAUGCUAAUUGCGCUCAGCCACUGCUUCUCCACGGCGACUGUUCCACCCUCUGACAUCCUAGUCUCUGCUGACCGUGUCCUAUCUCAUCUGCUUGCUCUCCUCAUAAGCUGUUUGGUAACACCAUAGUCUCUGCCUUUAUCCCCCUAACCUCCUCUCUCUACAGACCGAGAACCAGGGGAACUGAGCCAGGCAGAGUGCUCAUCUUGUGAAACGGCUGCUCUGACUGUCUUGAACCCACUCUGUACCUUCUGUUGUUUAAAAACGACUAAAAACGAUUCCCUGAAGUUUUUGGGAAUUCUCAAGGGAAAAACAAACAAACAAGGGAAAUGUUCACUUAAGGAAAUGUGGGAUGGUCGUCUCUUCUGCAUAGAAGUAGUGAUCGUGUGGAAAUCACUGGACUAAUGAGAUGGUUUCAGCUUCUUCAUUCAAGGCAAGGUGAAUAUUGAACGUGCUGCUAAGUAUUACUGCUGACAGUGUUUUUCGCGAGUGAUCCAAGCAGAUGGCAAGAAGUCAGUAAAGGGAGCAAGCCUGUGGGCUUAGAGAGUCUUGCACUAGCUGUACAUUGCACCUACACUGAGUAAGACAGCUUUACCGCUGUGGGAACGCAGAAUCUUUGUUUUCUUCCUUUUCCAAAGAUGCAGUCUAUAGGUGGCCGCAAAGUCCAGAAAUGAAGAUGCUAAUAUUUUGUCAAUCAUCAUGUCAAUAAAACAUUUGUUAAAAGACUUCCCUGGUGUCCAGACUUGUUGGCCACCUUGUAUAAUUCUUACUCUUCUCUGGGAAGAGAAGUGACAUUUCUUCUUGCUGCCUUAAGGUGUCCUACACCCGCCUGUCCCCCAGGGAGUGUCCUGGUGAUUUAGUGUGACAUCUCAUAGUCUGUGGGGGCAGGGUGUGGGGUGGGCGUAGCACUUUAGUGGUGUUGAUAUAUUGCAUUUUGAAGGUGUCUGUGGAUCCCCGGUCCAUUCACUGCGGUCUGUUCUGUGUGGUGAUGAGUCUGUCUUCCUUACUGUACUGCCUGGACUCUGUGGCUCCUCUCAGUGUCCUCCCCUGUGCAUGUUCUUCAGCUGCCUUCAAGGCAAUGCAGAACAGCAUCCCUCCGCAUGCUCCCAAGUGAAGACGCCUGGCUCAGGCCUGUGACCACGUGGGCGCUGUCAUGUUGAUGCCGACUACUUUGGAAGCUUGCAUUUGGAUGUCACUUGGUAGGGGUCAGGGGAGGCAGGUCAGGCAUGGGAAACUGCUGUCUAGAGGAGGAUCACCCUGAGAUUAUUUCCACAAACCAAGGGAAGUAGAAACUUAAAGGAAUUUGAGGUAACUGGGGGCGGGGGGGGGGGAGUAACUUCCAACUUCUUUCUUCACCUCUUUUAAAGAUUGAGGUGUGACCAGGUCGCUGCCUGCACACUCUGUCUUUCCAUCUUUUUCUGUUUGCAUUUCAAGCUCAGUAGUCUAUGGUAGCUAGGCACUGUGGGACACUAGGGGUCAGGAGUGUCUGUCUGCUGGUGAGACCAGGAAGAGGCAAAAAUGCCUUUUCCAAGGUCUUUGCUGAUUUACACGUUCAUUGGCCGAAAAAAGGACAUCUGGUUUUCCGCACCAGAUUUGCCUGUUCUUUUGUUUAAAUGACUUUGUCAGAAGGGCGCUGAUACUGAAAAUACCUUGACAGGUAGAAUGAAAGAAGCAUCUUGUCCUUCCCAUCCCUGCCUGCCUGUCCCUCAGACAAGAGUCUGCCAAGAGUCUGGGUGGUUUCUGAGAUUCCACGCUGACCUUAGUCCACAGGCUCCGCCCAGUUCUUUGUUCAGUUUGCCUCCCACCACCCUUUUGAUUAGAGCUUGGGAAACCCUGCAUGUCGGUUCCUCUAGCAUUAUGACAAAAAAUGGUGCCACGAAGGAGGCCUUCUGAGUGCAUUGUUUACUCUCAGGACCUCCAUUAAGCAUCUUGGUGACUCUUCCCAGCAUCCCAUGAGGUAGACACAACCAAUCCUUCCUAUGAACAAGGAGUCCAGUUUAGGAAGUCUUGCCCAGGCUCUUGAUACAAGUGAACAGUACAGCUAUGACCCACUCCCAGGUUUUCCUGCUUCAGAAACCACAGGCUUUUAUUGGAUGUUAGCUGUCUGUCUCGCCCUAAGCACCCCCCGCCCCCCAGUUCUGCUUGUGGGCUCUGGAAGAGUGGCAGACAUCAUUGGAGUGGCUUAGGCAAAGGAACUUGCCAGAAGAGGCCUCUAAUUACAAUACAAGGCUGGGUUUGGACCCAGGCUGACUGGCCUCAAUUCAGGUAUCAGAAGCCAUGCAUCCCAUGUGAAGAACACCUGCCAUCUGUUAAAACCUAAAAGUUAUCCAUACAUGCUAUUCCUUAUUUUUUGGUGUGGUAAACCGAACAGUUCUUGGCAGAAUCAAUGCUAUCACCUGUGCCCGGGCACGUCAUGGUCUGGCCAUUCUGUAAGUAGUUGAGUGUGAAGGAGACAGGCUAUGCUUGCUAUUGGCCCAGAUAGCAUUCAUAUAGACUGUAUCUCUAGUGACAGAAAACUGUAGGAAGCACAAGCGUCUUGCAAGAAAAGAUCUUUGUUUCAAACUUUUGAAAGGGUCAUUACCUCUCUGGGAUGAGAGAGAAGGGAAGAAAAUUUUGUCGUUGUGGAAACUGCAUGCGAUGUUAGGGCUCAAGGCUUUUCUAGUUUUCUGAGAAUUUGUACUACUGAAUUUAUUGUUUUUGAGGUGGACAGAUCUCUGGGGGGAAUAUGUUGCGCUAUGAUGGCAUUUCACUGUGAUCCCCCAAAGUUCACGGCAGUCUUCUAACCCAGUACCACCCGUCUUCUGUUCGCUGGCCUGUGAAAAAUGGCUUCCUUUUUCCAGGAGCCGAUGGGCCUGUUUUUCUUUAGUGUGACAGUCUGUGUUCCUGAUUUUGGAAUAUACUUAAUUCAGAGUAUCUGAACGUGUUCAGUAUAUGCUAGCCUAACUUCAUUGUAUUAAUUGGCUUUUUUUGUUGUUGUUGUUAUCUUGCUUGAAGAUCGAUUUGUAUUCAAUUUGAUAGAAAUAAACGUUUUUCUGCUUGAUGCAAUCAGU